CCAUUUUGUGUCUUCUGUUUUCAACGGAAACUGGUUGUUGAAAACAGUAGCAGCGCCAUGGAAGGGUAUCCUUCCGACACAGCGCCUAAAGCGGCGGAUGUGGAACCGGCAAAGGAUGAUGAAGACAAUGACGGAGAUGAUUCGGCGAACAAACAGCAAACCGAUAAGAAAGGAGGCGAAAAUAUUGACGAAGACAAGGAGGAUCCAACAAACCAACAACAACACCUCGUUCAGAUGUUGCGCAAGCGGGGUCCAUGCGAGGAAUCGCGACGGCAUUCGGAGCGACCUCACACGUUUUGGGACACCCAACCAGUGCCAUCAAUGAGUUCGGAGUAUUCCCAAGACAACGGGCCUCUUGACAACGUGAAAACUCCUGAAGACGUGAGGGCAGAACCUUAUCCUCUCCCUGCUCAGUUUGAAUGGUGCACUUGCGACGUGAACGAUGACAAAGAGCUUCAGGAAAUCUACACGCUCCUGACAGAGAACUACGUUGAAGACGAUGAUAGUAUGUUCCGCUUUGAUUAUUCCACCGACUUCCUGCAGUGGGCAUUGAAGCCACCUGGGUUUUUGAGGAAAUGGCAUCUGGGGGUGCGGGUCAAAGGUGGUGGAAAGCUGGUUGGCUUUAUUACUGGCAUCCCCGCCCACAUCCAGGUGUUUGACAAGCUAAUUGACAUGGCGGAAAUCAAUUUCUUGUGCGUCCACAAGAAGCUUAGAUCCAAGCGCUUGGCACCUGUGCUCAUCAAGGAGAUCACCCGGAGGGUGAACUGCGAGAACGUGUGGCAGGCGGUCUACACUGCUGGCGUUGUGCUGCCACGGCCCGUCAGCGAGUGCCGAUAUCAUCAUCGCUCUUUGAAUCCGAAGAAACUCAUAGAGGUGGGUUUUUCUCAUCUGGGUGCUCGCAUGACUAUGGCGAGGACGAUCAAGCUAUACAAGGUGCCAGAGACGUGCCAACUUUCAGGAAUGCGAGAGAUGAGAAAGGAAGACGUUCCACGUGUGCAUGCUUUGGUUUCGACCUACUUGAAGAAGUUCCAACUUCAUCCAGAACUAUCGCCAGAAGAGGUGGAGCAUUGGAUGAUGCCACGUAAAGAUGUCGUGUACUGCUACGUCCGUGAGAAUGAGAAGGGCGAGAUCAACGAUGUGUGCUCCUUCUAUAAUUUGCCCUCCACCAUCCUAGGCCAUGAGAAGCACAACCAGCUGAGAGCAGCCUACUCAUACUGGAAUGUGGCCACCACAGUUCCUUUGCAGGACUUGAUGUAUGAUGCGCUAAUUUUAGCCAAGCAGCUCGCUGUGGGCUUAGAAGAAACUCAUGAACUUGCUGUAACUUGUCAUGGGUCAUGGGUCAUGUUGGGUAGGUGGAAGGAAAAACAACAGAGCAGCUCAGUCCGGUAGGAUACGUUGAAUGUGCCACUUGCAAUGCAGACCUUGUUUGUGGAGGAUUUCGACGUGUUCAAUGCGCUGGAUGUCAUGGAGAAUGAGAGCUUUCUCAAGGAGCUGAAGUUUGGCAUCGGUGAUGGGUUUCUGCAGUACUACCUCUACAACUGGAAGUGCCCAAAGAUUGACCCGCAGGGCAUUGGCCUGGUUCUUUUGUGACCGCGAAGCUAACUUGGUCACCUGAGAACGGGUGUCGAGGUUCUCCUAUGAAGGCAAAAGCCGACCAAAGCCAGAACUGGAGAAAAAGAUAAAGUCGGCUGAGGCACACCUUUCAACCGAUUCAGCGGUCUGACUGUUGGUCAGCCGGCAAGCUGCGGGUGCUGCGAGGGCUAUGCCUCGCUCGCCUUCGUUGAAUUUCAAGCUGAAGCCCACCUGACA